GCUGAAUAGUUUUCCAAUGUCCUAGAGCAACAGCAUAUAAAUACAUAUCAACACGUCUAUAUCCCUUGCGGGGUAGACAGAGCGAACAGUCUUGAAAAGACUGGAAGGAAACGUUCAGCUGUUUGGCUUACUGAUAGAAUAGGGAAGAUGCAAAUAUGAUAUUUAUGAAAAUUUUACGUAUAAAAUGUUAAAAAAAUAUAAAAGAAGAACUUCUUCAACGUUUUUAUUUUAAAUUAUGUUGAUUUUUAGCAAUUAUUACGAAUUAAAAUUACGUUAAACGAAACGCAUUUCAAAACACCAAUCAGCGUUCAGUGACGUCACUCGUGCUGUGUCAACUUUUAGAAGUUAACUUUGCGAUUAAUAGGCAGUAGUGCUUUAUUUACGUAUUAUUUACGUUUUUAAUAAAAAUGGAAGUUAGAUUUAAUAAAACAGACUCCAAAAAUUUACCAAAAAAAAAUUUUUUGUCUUGAGUGCAGAGUUUUCAAGUGUAGAAAUGAAAGGCACUAAAUUAGUAGGUACGGUAUGCAUGAAUGUUUUUAAACGUUGUUUGCAUUUUAUUCAGCAAUUUCUAAACAUAGCAGUUAUAAUUUAGCUCAACGAGAGAAUCUUACGGCGAUAACGCAAUCGGUUAUGUGCAAAUUAAAAGAGAUGGAGAUGGAUUAAUUAUGUACAGUGAAAAGUCGAGUUACUCCAGAGCACAAAGUACGAAAAGAAGGUUAUCGUGUUACAGCUGUAAUAAAUAAAGCACAAAGCUUAGUUCUGUCCUGCCAAUGCGAAGAUUGUGCAGCUUCUGCAGGUCAAGUAUUACGACAUUAAUGAAUAAUUAAACUGUUCAUAAAGAAGAUUAUUUUAAAUGCUAUGAGGUAUUUAUUAUCAUGACUAAAACUUUAUCAUAUACAGGUGGGUGCAAGCAUGCUGCUGCACUAUUGCUAUGGUGCACAGAAGGUCUGAGCAGCCUCUAAUUACGUCUGUCACAUGCUAUUGGAAGAAGUCGAAAUUAUCUAUAUGUGCUUCUGGAAAAUCUGUCAUUAAAGCCAAAGAAAUGGGUCAAGUUUCAGUCAAUCACAGUUUCUCUCAAGUAAGCAGCUUUUUUAUUUAAAAAGAUUGAAAAGAAGUUAAAUGUGUGUUACAAUAAUAACUGCAUAUUUUUAGGUGGAUAUUUUAUAAGAAUUUGUAGAUGCUGUCAAUAAAAAAGAUUGUCAGGGAAGUAUUCUUCGCUACUUUCAAUAAGACAAGCAUUCAUAAGGUGUGUUCAAGCUUGAUUGGAAAGUUGGACUCUCCAGAAUCAUUUCUUGAAGCAUUAUCAAAGCAAAUGACCACUGAUAAUAUAAAUAUGGUAUUUUCCACCACCAAACAUCAAAGUGAUUCACCAAUGUGGUUUGAGUUGAGGUACGGCAGAAUUACUGGCUCAACUCUUUAUGAAGCCGCUCACUGUAGAACUAUAAAUGGUUCCCUUCUGAACGCAAUUAUGGGAGAACAUUCAAAAUUUACUUCCAUUGCGAUGAGUAGAGGGAAAAUACUAGAAAAAAAAGUUCUCAAAGUAGUAAGCAAGAAAGAAAAGAUUGAAAUUGAAGAAGCUGGACUACUUCUUAAUGCCGAGUAUCCUAUUUUUGGAGCAACACCUGACGGGCUUACUGAAAAUUAUACAAUAGAAGUCAAAUAUCCUUCAACCGAAGCUGCCAUACUUUCCUAUGUGAAAUACAAUAAAAUAACACCAAAAUGUUGUGUGCCGUAUGAUAACAGCAUUGUAUCUGUAAUGAAUAUUGCAAAGAAAUUCUGGAUAGAUGCUGUAUUUCCGAAAUUAAAAGAUAUAUAUAAUAUAUAAGCACAUUUUUUUGUUUUUCAAAUAUUUCAUAAAUUUAUUAAAUAAAACUAUGCUUCGAAAAUAUUGUUUUUUAUUCAAUUUUAAUUAAAGGUGAUUAACAAGUGCACAACAAAUGAUUAUACUAUAGUCUAUUUGGGGUAUGAGAAAAUGAUCUACACAGGCAUUUAGAAACUUUGUUAAAGUAGAUGGACACAUAGGCACAAAACAUGAAUCAACACGACUUUUUAUCCGAAUUUUUUCGGUAUUAUGUCUUGUAAUCACUUGAUGUGGAUGGAUAUUCCAUUUUAAAUUAUUACAAAAAACUUAGUGGAAAGUCGAAAAAAUUUGCAAUUUAUGAUAAUCAACCAGUGUUUCCACUAUAAAAAUUUUCUUUCCCCAUGCCUCAAUUCCGAUUUCCCCUUUUCAGAACUUUUUUCCCCUCAAAAAUUAUUUUGCUGUAGUUUUGGCACUUUUGUUGUAACUAAAAGUUUAAUUUUUAAAUAUAUUUUUUAUAAAUAUAUACGGGACAAAUUACACUGAUUGAGUUAGCCUCGAAGUAAGUUCGAGACUGUGUUACGAGAUACUAACUCAACGAUACUUUGUAUAUUUUAUAAUAAAUACUUAUAUAGAUAAACAUCCAAGACCCAAACCAAUCAGAAAAAGUUCUUUUCUCAUCAUGCCCUGACCGGGAUUCGAACCCGGGACCUCUGGUGUCACAGACAGGCGUACUACCGCUGCGCCAAAGAGGCCGUCGAUAUAAUUUUAUAUAUAAUAAAAAUUAAUAUACUACUCUGUCAAGAAAGUAGCGGGAAAAGAUCAAUAAUACACAAACUGUUUGUUAUUCAUCCAAAUUUAUUUUAUCACCUUCAAAAUAUGCUCCUUUAGAAACGAUACACUUACGCCAACGAAUAAUCCAAUCAUCAAAACAUUUUUUAAACGCUGUUUCCGGAAUUGAGGUCAGUUCUCGCCGCGAAUUCUCUUUUAUGUCUUCUACCGAUUGAAAACGGGUGCCACGAAGUGGUAAUUUGAGUUUAGGAAAAAGAAAAAAGUCGGCUGGAGCCAUAUCUGGUGAAUAUGGUGGAUGCUCGAUGGUAUUUGUUGAGUGUUUGGUUAAAAAUUCGUUCACAAUGAUGGCCUUGUGCGAAGGUGCA